UUUUAUUUACCAAUACGUCCGGGCAGCGGACACCCCCACCUCACACAUUGUCCAGGUACCUAAUCGUUAUCUAUUCUAUACCAUAAAUACCCGCUGAAUUGUGAAUAUAGUUCAAUUUUAACAGAAUCCGGGGCCCGGUGCAAAUGCACAUGCAGUAGGUAUAUAGUUAUCAUUACCAGUUUUGCUAAGAAUUCUAAUAAUUAUUGAAUAAUAGUGUAAUAUUUUGAGAUGAAUCAAAAUAUAAGUGACGCUGAGAUCUCGAGUUGCCAUGAGAUAGAAGAAAUGCGCAGAGAGGCAGAAAGAGUAGCACUGGAGGCGCUGAGGCGCCGCAUGAACGACAUCAUACGCUUAGCUAUAGAAGAAGAUGACGAGAUAGUCGGGGAGAGAGACGUGUUAGCCAUAGAGCUUGAAAACGAGCUUCGGUCCGAAAGCAGGUACAACGAGUUGCUGAACGAGGCGCAGCAGGCCUCCCGCGAUCAGCUGCAGGAAAUGCUCGAGUUGCAGACCCAAUUAACAAAUGCUAACGUGGACACCGUGAACCUGCUUACGUCACUGCAGGAGCUUCGCGAACAAAACCACGCCACUCUCAGAGCCGAUCCUAUCUAUGCUCUGGUCCAAGAGGAACGUGAGUUGCAACAGAAGUUGGACGACAUGGGUAUUUAUGUGUACCCGCCGACCGGCUCCCAAUAUUACCAGUGACGCGGGCUACCUCAUUG